AGUAACGAACCCCAAGUUUGUUGUGUUGGAGGUGUCAUGAAAAUCAUUCUCCAGGUUCUUGUCCUAAUUUUAAGGCUUCUUUGAGUGGAAAACACUCUGGAGGGCAUGUACAGGGUUUUAAAGAACCCCAAAGUCGUAGUUAUCAACGAGGUGUAGUAUCUGCAUAUGAUACUCAACGACUUGUAAGGAAGGAUCCAGCUAGUAGCCGACAGGACAAAAGAAUUGGCCCUGUAGUUCUUAAACAGUUGGUAGUUGCCUUAACUGUGAGGAACUGCACUGGGAAAGCGCUUGUAGAUACAGGGGCCACCUACACACUAUUGCAUUUCGAUUUAUGGAACAAGAUGAAAGGACCUAAGGAACAACUUGAUGCAUGGCACGAAGGACCACUUUAUCUGGCUAAUGGUGAUGCUACUGUUCCUCUUGGGCAGAAAAUGCUUGACUUUUAUUUGCAUGAUUUGCAAUUUCAGGUUCCUACAGUAGUCCUUCCAGCUCAGAAACUGGUAUAUUCGGUGGUGCUGGGGUUAGAUUUCAUAGCGUUGACUGGUUUGCAGCUUAAUAUCAAAGAUCAGUUGUACAGUUUCUCCGGGGACCGUGAAAAUCGUGUUUUUCCCUUUCAGCCAUCAAUUACCUCAGGGGAUUCUUGGAGGUCUUGUAAACCACCUGUGGGUUGUAAGCCUACUGCUUCUCUUUAUUCCUCUGUUCCUCCUGUCCAGUUUGAAUGGUCAGUGAGUGAUUAUAUAGAGAAUUGUUUGCAGGAAAAAACUGGUGCUGAACUUGUUGAGCUAGUGCAAGGCAAGGUCAAUGAGAGUAAUUUACCAGACAGAGAGUCUCAUGUUCUUUUUACUCUUUUGUAUGAUCAUCCUGAAGUAUGUACUCCUACUCUUGGUAGAACUCAUAUGGUUCAGCAUAAGAUUGCUGUUCGUACAGAUGUGGUUGUUGCGCAAAAGCCCUAUAAGUUACCAGUACAUAAGAAGGCAGUAGUUGAGGAACAAAUUGACGAUAUGCUUUCACGAAACAUUAUUCAGCCGUCUCAUUCUCCUUGGGCAUCUCCUAUUGUUCUUGUCCCAAAAAAGGAUGGAGGUCAGCGGUUUUGCGUUGAUUAUCGAAGAUUAAAUGCUGUGAGUGAAAGUGAUGCAUUCCCUCUCCCUACUGUGGGUGAAAUUCUGGAGUCUCUUGCUGGAGCCAGUGUGUUUAGUACCCUUGAUCUUAACAGUGGGUACUGGCAAGUGGCAAUGGACCCAGACAGUAUGGCUAAGACUGCCUUUGUGUCCCCUUUUGGGUUAUAUGAAUUUAAAGUUUUACCUUUUGGGUUAAAGAAUGCCCCAGCCACAUUUCAAAGGCUUAUGAAUAGGGUGUUGGCUGAAUGUUUAGGACAGUGUUGUUUGGUUUAUCUAGAUGACAUUGUCGUUUAUUCAUCGAAUUUCAGUCAGCAUAUGCAAGAUCUCCAAAGGGUUUUGAAGUGUUUGCAAAAGGCAGGAUUAACCCUUAAAUUUGAGAAAUGUCACUUCUGUUUAACAGAAAUUAAGUUUCUUGGACAUGUGGUGACCCCUGAAGGGGUGAAAGCAGAUCCUGCUAAGACAGAGGCAAUCCAGAACUUCCCUGUUCCAAAAAAUCUAAAAGAACUUCAGCGAUUCCUGGGGAUGAGUGGAUGGUAUCAUAGUUGUCAACAGUGUAAGCCUGAGUGUUGUAAACCAGCUGGCCUGUUACAGCAGACUGAAGCAAAUGAACCAUGGGAAUUGCUCGGCGUGGAUCUUAUGGGCCCAUUGCCUCGUAGUACGCAGGAGUUGAGGUAUGCUAUCAAUUCUGCUGUUCAGGAGAGUACUGGAUACUCUCCAGCAGAGUUACUCUUGCAAGGAAGGUUGAAAGGACCUUUUGAGCGUGUUCUAGAACCACACCAGACCAGUCUCAGGGUUCUUAAAGAUUUGCAGGAGAUGGUAAAAAGGAACUUGUCUAGAGCUAAGGAGAAACAGAAACGUUUUUAUGAUGCUGGUCGUAGGAAUGUGACUUACUCCAAGAAGGAUAGGGUUUGGAUGAAAGCACACCCCCUUUCCAAGGCCUCUCAACAAUUUGCAGCUAAGUUUGCAUCAAAAUGGAUUGGGCCUUAUCGAGUUGUUGAAAAAUUAGGUCCAGUAAACUAUCGGGUUGUGCGUGAGGACAAUGGAGAGGACUUGCGUACAGUCCAUGUGUGCAAUCUGAAGCCUGCCUUUCCUGCCGCUGCAGAGUUGGAUUGUUAUUUCCGGUCAUGCCCGCUAGUGGAGGGCUUGAAAGCCCUGGACUGGGCCACUGCAACGUGGGACACGGAGAAACAGAGUGUCAACAUCGCCUUCACCUCCAGCUCUGUUUUUACUGCGGUCAAGCCGGACAUCGAUGCACAGAGAAGGCCGCUCCAUGCCAUUCUAUAG